CUCUUAAUUACGUCCUUAUUUAACCCGAUCUCGGCUCCCAUCCCACGUUGGGCGUAUUCCUCUCUGCACCCUCGACGAAACCUUAGCUCGCUUCUCGCGUUGGACACUCAAUAGGCCGCUUUCUUGCCAUUCUCCACAACGCGUCUGGCCUGGUGUUUUUAACGUCCUUCAUGUAAUCAUGGACGCUCUUGUCUCUGAUUACGAAUUACUAGGUGAGCGAGCAAGGGGAUCAUUGGACCUCCAGAAAAAAAGUGGCAUUCAGCCAAGGUGACAUCUGGUUCGGUACAAUUCUUGUCAGACGAGUCAAUGACGCAGACGAACUCAAAAUGCCUGUGAUCGGUAUAUGCGACUGGGAAUUUGUAGGUGACAUAGCACAGCUAGGCUCGUACCUAAAUCUCCCAACGUUAUCGCCACUCGUUACGCCACGCACUCGACUUGCCGUCGAUGCAUUCUCGGUGUCGUUGUAUGCGGCCUACUUCUCUUCUACUAAACAUCUUCCUCAAGGCGACGUGAAAAACUCAAAUUUUAUGCAAGUACGUUCUGAAUUCCAACGUCCGUUCCUUAGUGGUUGGGAGCUCAUUAAUGUGGCUGCGUGGAGACACGAUAUUUGGUGCCCAUGUCCGGGAAAUGGUGUCAAAUGCCCGCGCAUUGUCGAUAUGGUGCAGCAAGGAGCGCUACUCAUUAGAGCUGCAGGUGCUAUAAUGGAAGACGUAGGUUGGAAGAUACUUGAAGACGUCGCUUGGGUGACGUUUCUGCGAGUUGUGCUAGAGAGCGAACAAGAUUGUCCGGGAAAGUGGAUGUCAUAUGUGCCCGAGUCAAAUUCGAUGUGAUGCACGCGGAAUCCUCGAGGCCGUCCUAGAGGCGACCCCUAGCACCGCUACUAUAGUGCUAGUACUGGCAGCGUAUAAUGUACGUCUAGUACAUAACUUCUAUUAGGAGUUGCAUCGUGCCCAU